AUGACGUGUGUUUCCUGGUACACCUACAUGACGUGUGUUUCCUGGUACACCUACAUGACGUGUGUUUCCUGGUACACCUACAUGACGUGUGUUUCCUGGUACACCUACAUGACGUGUGUUUCCUGGUACACCUACAUGACGUGCGUUUCCUGGUACACCUACAUGACGUGUGUUUCCUGGUACACCUACAUGACGUGUCUCUCCUGGUACACCUACAUGACGUGUGUUUCCUGGUACACCUACAUGACAUGUGUUUCCUGGUACACCUACAUGACGUGUGUUUCCUGGUACACCUACAUGACGUGUGUCUCCUGGUACACCUACAUGACGUGUGUUUCCUGGUACACCCACAUGACGUGUGUUUCCUGGUACACCUACAUGACGUGUGUUUCCUGGUACACCUACAUGACGUGCUUUUCCUGGUACACCUACAUGACGUGUGUUUCCUGGUACACCUACAUGGCGUGUGUCUCCUGGUACACCUACAUGACGUGUGUUUCCUGGUACACCUUCAUCAAGUGUGUUUCCUGGUACACCUACAUGACGUGCGUUUCCUGGUACACCUACAUGACGUGUGUUUCCUGGUACACCUUCAUCAAGUGUGUUUCCUGGUACACCUACAUGACGUGUGUUUCCUGGUACACCUUCAUCAAGUGUGUUUCCUGGUACACCUACAUGACGUGUGUUUCCUGGUACACCUACAUGACGUGUGUUUCCUGGUACACCUUCAUCAAGUGUGUUUCCUGGUACACCUACAUGACGUGUGUUUCCUGGUACACCUACAUGACGUGUGUUUCCUGGUACACCUACAUGACGUGUGUUUCCUGGUACACCUACAUGACGUGCGUUUCCUGGUACACCUACAUGACGUGUGUUUCCUGGUACACCUACAUGACGUGUGUUUCCUGGUACACCUACAUGGCGUGUCUCUCCUGGUACACCUACAUGACGUGUGUCUCCUGGUACACCUACAUGACGUGUGUUUCCUGGUACACCUUCAUCAAGUGUGUUUCCUGGUACACCUACAUGACGUGUGUUUCCUGGUACACCUUCAUCAAGUGUGUUUCCUGGUACACCUACAUGACGUGUGUUUCCUGGUACACCUACAUGACGUGUGUUUCCUGGUACACCUACAUGACGUGUGUUUCCUGGUACACCUUCAUCAAGUGUGUUUCCUGGUACACCUACAUGACGUGUGUUUCCUGGUACACCUACAUGGCGUGUGUCUCCUGGUACACCUACAUGACGUGUGUUUCCUGGUACACCUUCAUCAAGUGUGUUUCCUGGUACACCUACAUGACGUGUGUUUCCUGGUACACCUUCAUCAAGUGUGUUUCCUGGUACACCCACAUGACGUGUGUUUCCUGGUACACCUACAUUACUUGUGUUUCCUGGUACACCCACAUGACGUGUGUUUCCUGGUACACCUACAUGACGUGUGUUUCCUGGUACACCCACAUGACGUGUGUUUCCUGGUACACCUACAUGACGUGUGUUUCCUGGUACACCUACAUGACGUGUGUUUCCUGGUACACCCACAUGACGUGUGUUUCCUGGUACACCUACAUGACGUGUGUUUCCUGGUACACCUACAUGGCGUGUCUCUCCUGGUACACCUACAUGACGUGUGUUUCCUGGUACACCUACAUGGCGUGUCUCUCCUGGUACACCUACAUGACGUGUGUUUCCUGGUACACCUACAUGACGUGUGUUUCCUGGUACACCUACAUGACGUGUGUUUCCUGGUACACCUACAUGACCUGUGUGUUUUCCUGGUACACCUACAUGACGUGCGUUUCCUGGUACACCUACAUGACGUGCGUUUCCUGGUACACCUACAUGACGUGUGUUUCCUGGUACACCUACAUGACGUGUGUUUCCUGGUACACCUACAUGACGUGUGUUUCCUGGUACACCUACAUGACGUGCGUUUCCUGGUACACCUACAUGACGUGUGUUUCCUGGUACACCCACAUGACGUGUGUUUCCUGGUACACCUACAUGACGUGUGUUUCCUGGUACACCUACAUGGCGUGUCUCUCCUGGUACACCUACAUGACGUGUGUUUCCUGGUACACCUACAUGACGUGUGUUUCCUGGUACACCUACAUGACGUGUGUUUCCUGGUACACCUACAUGACGUGUGUUUCCUGGUACACCUACAUGACGUGCGUUUCCUGGUACACCUACAUGACGUGUGUUUCCUGGUACACCUACAUGACGUGUGUUUCCUGGUACACCUACAUGACGUGUGUUUCCUGGUACACUACAUGA